UCCUCUGGAAAGAAAGAGAAAGAAUGAACAAUGGUUGGGAGAGAGAAAUGGUGGAUAAUCAUAAUUGAUAAUAUAGAUAAGAUGGAAAGAGAGCGAGAAGGAGAUCUGAAAAUGUUUGGUGAAUUUGCGUGAAUCUGCAUCGUAUUGCAGGAAAAACGGAUGCACCCAAACAAAGCGCCAUUGUUUUCAGUUAUGAACAAGUCAGAGCUUUUUCAACACCUGGACAUCCUCCUUUCUUCACAACUCAACCUCCUCUCACUUCCAUUCGGCGCUCCCUCCUUGGUCUCUACUUUCCACUUGCUCUACCCACGGAUUCCCAUUUUCCUAACCCUAGUUUGUAGUUAACUCCUUCAUUCAAAGCCAACCAUGAAUCCGCAUUGUACAAAUGUCAUACAGAUCUGGUUUCACCAUUGCCGAUUCUUAACCAUGGUUAUCAUCACGAUUCCAUACGCUACUAGAAUAAAGAGCUUCCAGACUCCUCCUUUAGACGAUUGCCGAGCGUCGAUUACUCGCACUGAACAGCCUACUACUACUAGCGAGAGAGAAAAAAGGGAAAGAACAACAGUGAGAGAAGAUCCUAAAAGGGGAAGAUCUUGUUCGGCCAGAACAGAAACCCUAACCCUAACAAAAUGGGGAAAACCGAGGCGUGUGGUGCUGCUGUUGUCAUCGGAGAGAGCAGUGAGAGAGUUCGCACUCGUGACCAGGAGGAAAGUGAGUCGGAUCAGACCGAGUUGACUCCUUGUGACCUCCUCCUCUCUGCUACUGUCAAGAGGAAAAGGAGGAUGGCUCGCCAUAAGCGAUCUGCUGCAGUCAAGUUCCAUCUAUUCGCACCCUUUGCUUCCCCUCCCCCUCUCUCAAACGCACGUGUAACACCAAGGUUGAAGUUUCUUUUUCAAAAGGAACUAAGGAUGAGUGAUGUAAGUGCACUCAGGAGAAUGGUUAUUCCAAAGAAAGCAGCUGAGUCGUAUCUUCCCGAGCUUUCAGAAAGGGAAGGGGUUGUCAUCAAAAUGGAUGAUAUAGAUGGUCAUCGAUCCUGGAGCUUUAAGUUUAGGUAUUGGCCAAACAAUACGAGUCGAAUGUAUGUACUUGAAAAUACUGGAGAGUUUGUGAAUGCUCAUGGAUUAAAACAAGGAGAUUAUAUCAUGUUAUACAAAGAAAUUGACAGCCAGAAAUAUGUUAUAAGAGGAAGGAAAGCUGGUGAGCAUGUUUUUCAUGACGAGUCUGCAAUGUAUUGUGUGCAUGACGAUGUGGAAUUCUCUGGGAAUGGAAUUAGUUCUCUUCCUUCUUUAUCGGGUGAGUUGGAGACUUGUUAUGUUUAUGACACGACGCCUUGUCACGAUGAUCUGUUCGACUUUUGGAAUGGGCCAAUGAUCCAUAACUCGUCCUCAUCUUCAAAGGCUGAACCUUUUGGAAGCUUUGACAACUCCACCCUUGAUGAGGUUUUUCUAAGUUUAUAGACUUGGUCUUGUUGUGUCUUUAGCAUAUGCUAAUAAUAAUAAUACUAAUAAUAAUAAUGUGUUUUUGUGUGUAGUAAUAUUAAGAG